AUGGAACCAGGAAAUGAUACACAAAUUUCAGAAUUCCUUCUUUUGGGACUUUCAGAGGAACCAGAAUUGCAGCCCCUCUUAUUUGGGAUUUUCCUCUGCAUGUACCUGAUCACCGUGUGUGGAAACCUGCUCAUCAUCCUGGCCACCAUCUCAGUCUCCCACCUGCACACCCCCAUGUACUUCUUCCUCUCCAACCUGUCCUUUGCUGACAUCUGUUUUACCUCCACCACCGUCCCAAAGAUGCUGGUGAACAUCCAGACACAGAGCAAGGCCAUCACCUAUGCAGGCUGCAUCACCCAGCUGUUCUUUUUCUUAGUCUUUGGAGCAUUAGAUGACUGUUUUCUGACCGUGAUGGCCUAUGACCGGUAUGUGGCCAUCUGUCACCCCCUGCACUACACGGUCAUCAUGAACCCCUGGCUCUGUGGAAAACUUCUUCUGGCAUCCUGGAUCGUGUGUGUCCUGCAUUCUUUGUUACAAUGCUUAAUGGUGUUGAGGCUGUCCUUCUGUACACAUGUGGGGAUCCCCCACUUUUUCUGUGAGCUUAAUCAGAUGGUCUACCUUGCUUGCUCUGACACCUUUGUUAAUGACAUAGUGAUUUAUUUUACAUCUAUGCUGCUGGGUGGUGGGCCCCUCGCUGGGAUCAUUUACUCUUACUCUAAGAUCGUUUCAUCUAUACGUACAAUCUCCUCAGCUCAGGGGAAGUACAAAGCCUUUUCCACCUGUGCCUCUCACCUCUCAGUUGUCUCUAUAUUUUAUUGCACAGGCCUGGGUGUGUACUUUAGUGGUAGGGCUACUCACAGCUCACACUCAAGUGCAACAGCCUCGGUGGUUUACACUGUAGUCAUACCCAUGCUGAACCCCUUCAUCUACAGUCUGAGGAAUAAAGACAUAAAGAGGGCUCUGAAAAUAGUCUUUGGAAGGGAAACUAUGAAAGAAUCAAUUGGCCUGGAGCUGAAGUAG